UGAGCCCCAGUCCCGCGCGCGGCUCCCUUUCUCUUGGUAAGGAAGCCUGUGGCCUCUCUUCCCAGCGGCUGACCUCCUGCCACCCGCACCCCCGGGCGCGAUGGAGCCCUUCAGUUCGAGGAAUCUGGCCCUGCAGGCGGAGAAGAAGCUCCUGAGUAAGAUGGCAGGCCGGUCGGUGGUUCACCUCUUCCUGGACGAGGCGAGCGGCGCGGUGCUGGACGAGCUGUACCGGGUGUCCAAGGAGUACACGCGCAGCCGGGCGCAGGCGCAGCGCGUGCUCAAGGACCUGGUCAAGGUGGCCGUCAAGGUGGCCGUGCUGCACCGCAACGGCUGCUUCGCGCCGGGCGAGCUGGCGCUGGCCGCGCGCUUCCGCCAGAAGCUGCGGCAGGGCGCCAUGACGGCGCUGAGCUUCGGGGAGGUGGACUUCACCUUCGAGGCGGCCGUGCUGGCGGGGCUGCUGGCCGAGUGCCGGGACGCGCUGCUGGAGCUGGUGGCCGGCCACCUCACCGCCAAGUCCCACGGGCGCAUCCGCCACGUGUUCGAUCACUUCGCGGACCCGGGCCUGCUGGAGGCCCUGUACGGGCCUGACUUCACCCAGCACCUGGGCAGGAUCUGCGCCGGGCUGCGGCGGCUGCUGGACGAGGGCAAGCUCUGAGGGCGCGCGCCCCCCGC